CUCAGAGCUGCCGUGGACGAGAAGAAGAAGAAGUGGAGAAGAGAGGAAACACAGCCAGACGAGAGGGAGAGAGAGAGAGGGAGAGGGGAGUCUCCAUUAACAACGGCCACGUUUGUCUUCCUGUGUUACAUACCUCCCUGUUCGGAGGAGGAGGAGGAGGAAGGAGGAGGAGAUGAGGAGGAGAUGAGGAGCUGCUACUUUCCACGGGAGCGGUGAAAGGCUGGGUGUCUGGCCCGGGGCUGCCUGGUUGUGUUUGCUGGAGGGGGAACCCAUCCAUGUCCUCUCCCUUUGUCUCUCCAUAAUUGGCAACGCCGGGUUUUUCCCGGCCAGAGAGGAUCAGAGCGACAUGGACAUCUAAGAAAGAGAGAGUGAGAAGCAGCAGCAGCAGCAGCAGGAGGAGGAGGAGGAGGAGGAGGAGGGACGGAGCCUUGUGACAAUGUUUUGAAGCGGAGACAAAGCACCAAAAAAAAGCUGGACCUGGAGCACAUUUCCUCGUCUCAUCAGAGACGUCAGCGUCUUCCUUUGUGUUUCUGUGUCAUGCACUGAGAGGUAGAACUACACCGACACUUCUACCUCCGUUAAAACAUCCAGCUGUUUGAAUCUGGAUCAUACCGACACAUCGUUCACGGGCGAAUAAGCAGCCUCUUGUUUGGCUUGACGUCUCCUCCAGGAGGAACCGGGAACCGCUAAUCAGAUGUCCUGACUCCUUUAACUCGCCGCACAUCUGCACUCAACAACUGUCGAGGUAACACAAUCUGGAGCUGUGAGGCGGCGGCCACACGGAGAGAGAGAGACUUCCACAAAACAACCCCCGGAGAAGUUGUCGGACGCAGACUUUCGGUUAUUAUAAUAACAAGGACGUCCUGCCACACGAGCAUCUGCUCAUUUCAUGUAUCCUGUCAAAUGGUGCGAAGGGUGUUUGUGUGACCUUCGAUCGCGGGACUCCGAGCCUCACUGCAAGAUGACGUCCGAGCCGAUGCUCUUCCACCUGCCCCUCAACGUCUACAUCAUCAUCCUGGGCAUCGGCCUCUUCGUCCUCAUGCUCAGCCUCCUGUUCUGCUGCUACCUGUUCAGGCUGAGAAAACAAGGAGCAAGAGAGCAGUAUGGAUACAAUGAGGUUGUUUUAAAAGGUGCAGGGAAGAAGCUGAGCCUCCUCGGACAAACGUGUGCGGUGUGUUUAGAGGAGUUUCGCACCAAGGACGAGCUGGGAGUGUGUCCAUGUUCCCACGCUUUUCACAAGAAGUGUCUGCUGAAGUGGUUAGAGAUCCGCAGCGUGUGCCCCAUGUGCAACAAGCCCAUCUGUCGCCUCCGACCCGACUCCCCUCAGGCACCCGAGCGGCCCCAGAGUCUCCUGGAGGUCUGAGAGACGGACGUCUUCCUUUCUGCCCAACAGAAUGUAGCUUUAGUUACGCAAACAUUUUUCUGCGGCAGAGCUGUUUUGGAAGCGUAGAUUAAUUUAAACGUGACAAUUAAUCCAUCAAUACGGAGCCAAAUAACCUUUAUAACCUGUGUAAGGGGACAUAAGUGGUCCCAGAUGUGACAUUUCACUAAUACUUGUCAUUUGUGAUUACUAUCAAGCUGAGAUACUGCAUUUUUUUUAGUACAUAGCCAGAUCCUUAUAAGCUAAUGCACAAGUGCCUUAAAGCUGCAUAUCGUCUAAAAAAGGCCACUAAAAGCAAAUCACAUCAAUAUUUGUUUGUCAAGACGGGCUGAUGAGAGAUAAAUGUGUUUCAUUGGGAGGAUAAAGGCCUAAAGUUUGCUUGAACUCCAGGUUAUGACAGAAUAUCAAAGGAGAACAAAGCAAAAUAUCACAAAACAGGAACCAAGUGUAGAGUCUGCUUCAGUUUCUGGCACAAAAUGAUUCGGAGGUGGUUUAAAAAAUCGAGUUGUCAGAACAGUAGUUUAUUGGUCAAACUUUUUCGCCCUCAUUGCCAACAUCCUUGUAUCAUCAUCCACAAGAUGUGAUCAGGACAUGGACAAGUAUUCACAGGGGGAAAUGGGUCCAAUUAACGCACAAUAACUUGAAUGCACGGGCCCUAGUUAGUGCAGUGUUAUUCCUGUAACUAAAUUAAACGAGUUUAUUUCUGACUCCAGAGCAGCUCUGCCACGCAGAAAUGUUUUUACCCUGAUGUGCAGAUCUUCGUCAGUGUGCCGGUGUAACCAUCUGGAAAGAAGAAGGAGAUUUCAACCAACCAGACUAACCCCGGUUACGGAGAUACCAGAACCUCCUCUCGUCUCUCAGCCCCAAAUCGAAUUGCGCACUCAGAAACUGUAAUGAAGGAAGCAAUCGAAAUGCGGCCUAUUAACGAAAUAAGAUAAACCGACAGGAGGGAUGUGGACAUUUUGGCUGCAUCCGUUUGCCGUCUCCAUCCUGCCAUGAGUGGAGGUAGCGUCGGCCUGUAGGAUCUGACGGGAGAACCCAGGACCUAAGUGACUGGACGUGUACAUACAUCAUUUUUUAAAGUUAUCUUCAGAGGAGCUGUUUUGUAUCAUGACAGGCUUUACAGUAUAUAGUGCAUAAAAGUGUGUCGCUUCUGUCAACAGUUGGAUGUCAGACGUCAAUCGAUCAUUCUUCGAGGGAAACCUGAGCUCCCCAGUGGCCAAAGAACGGCUCUGCAGAGCUGGAGGGAUAUAAAUAGACAUAGAAGAGACAGUUUGAGCUGUUUCCUGACUGUGGUACUACGUGAACAUCACUCUCUUUAUGUGGAAACUGUAACGUCUGUCACUUUUUCUGGCUUUAGAAAAAAAAAAAAAUAUAACCAGUGUUUCAUAAGGUAACGUGAAAUCUGGUCUUUUUAUUUUAAGUUUUCCUACGUGUUGAUGCUGUUUAAUCACUUAUUGUGAUGAUAAUAUUUGGAUAUGUUGGUGCCUUAUCUUUGUUGUAGGUGGUUAUGAUAUUUUUUAAAAAGUCUAAAAUGCACAACGUCAGAAGUCGACUACGCGAAAAUCAAGUUAAGGCUAAAAAAAGUAAACAUUACACCCCAAAAGCAUUUUAGCAUAUUAGCAUUACCGUCAUAACCAUGUUAGCAUUAGACUUAAUCAUCCACGAGGGAGGAGACUUGGUCCCAGCACCUCAGUUUCACAUAAAAAACACUACACUACUAAAACCAUAAGUAAAAAUGAAAAUAAAGUAAAAUAAAUCAGAAUAAAAUAUAAGUAAAUAUCUGAUAAAAUAAAGUAAAAUAGUGUAAGAUUUGCAUAUAAACAAAUGUACAAGACAAAGAGACACAAGUAAAUAUAUAUCAUAUACAGUGGUGGAAAAAAGCUUUUGGACACCCUUAAAAUUUUACACAAAUUUUACACAUCUCAAAUAUUUUCAUGAAAUAUUUAUGUUUCAGAGGGUGUAGCUGCAUUAGGCUUCACAAACAAAUACAAAUUAUAUAUAUAUAUUUUUUUGUUGUUGAUUGUUUUCAAGGAAAACUAACAAAACCAAAUUCUUAACAGUUUCAACGCGUCACUUCUCAACAUUGUCGGUAUCAAAGUCAACAAAUAACAGAGAAUGUGUUCAAAACUAAACAGAAAAUGAAUAAACUGUUGUUUCCAGCGUUAGGUUCCAUGUUUUAGUCGUUAUUGUCUGUGAAGAACUUUCAUAAGUUCAAAGCGAAAAACAAAAAUUGUGUCUUUUAUUAAGAGACAGUGGAUCAUUGGGACCAAAUGCCAAAAAUAUUCAAAAUUUCGUACGUAUGUUUAUGGAACCAAUCAAUUUUAAGUUUUUAUUGGCUGUUUUAGGAUUUGUUUAGUAUUUUGUCCGUGACUGUAUGAAAAGAAAUUGCACCUGGAGACCUAAGAGUGAUUCUUAAUGCGAUAUUUCACAAAUGUAUGGGCUGUAUUUUUAUUUUUUUACAUAGGAAGGAUAAAUAAGGUUCAGUAAUAACAUUGACCUAUUUGUUACAGAAAGGUGAGUUAUUUUACAGCUGGAUAGAGUUCGGUAUAAAUGACGUCCUGUAGCAUUGACUGUGGGAGUGGAGCUGGAUGAGGAUGUUGGAGAAAGAGCUCCCUCCGCUGCCCCCUAUAGUCUGGUGUUUAUCCAGUGUCCUCUUGUCCCUCACUGAGACAAACGUCUCUAACUCCCUGCUGAUCUGCUGAUGUCCAGUCCUUUUUGCUGGUACUUCUCUUCAGUCAGUGGAGAAAAAGAAAGAUCAUGUCCUCUGGUCCGGGUCCGACUUACUCAAGAUCAAACUGGCCCCCUUGAACUAAAAUGAAUUUGACACCCACUGGUUUAACUGAAGCAAAGCAUGUAUGCAUGUUUUGUUGCUGUGCCAUCUUCAUGCAUCUGCACACUAAACAGAUUGUGGUUCUUUC